GAUAACCACAACCAUGAAGUGGGUGACAUCAAUUAUCUUCAUUUUCCUACUACCUUUCACUGACUCCAAAACAUUGCAUAAAAAUGCAUAUGGAAUAGCAUCGACGUUGGAUUCCUCCCAGUGCUCUUCAGAGAUGAACUUCGUUGAUGUAGCUACCAUAUCCUUUGCCCAAUUUGUUCAAGAAGCCACUUAUGAGGAAGUUAAAAAAAUGGUGACUGAUGUAUUGACUGUAAUCAAGAAGCCUGCUGGAAGCAAGCAGUCUGAAGAAUGUUUAGAAAACCAGUUAUCCGCCUUUCUAGAAGAAAUCUGCCAUGAGAAGGCAAUUCAGGAGAAAUACGGCCUCGUGGACUGCUGCAGCCGCAGUGAGGAGGAAAGGCACGCGUGCCUACUUGCACGCAAAAGGGCAGCUCCGGCGUUCAUUGCACCCUUGCAAGUUCCAGACAUGGCCAUUAGCUGCAAGGCACAUGAAGAAAACAGGGAGACAUUCAUAAACAAAUACAUCUACGAGAUAUCCAGGAGACAUCCCUUCCUAUACCCACCUACUGCUCUCUCUCUGGCUGCCCGCUAUGACAAAAUAUUUCCAUCCUGUUGCAAAGCUGAAAAUGCAGCUGAAUGCUUCCAAGUAGAGGCUGCACCAAUUGAAAAAGACUUAAGAGAAAGCAGCUUAUUAAAUCAACAUGUAUGUGCAGUGAUGAGAAAUUUUGGACCCCGCACUUUUCAAGCCAUAACUAUCACUAAACUGAGCCAGAAGUUCCCGAAAGCGACUUUUUCUGAAAUGCAGAAGCUGGUGCUGGACGUGGUGCACACGCACGAGGAGUGCUGCCGGGGAAACGCGCUGGAGUGCCUGCAGGACGGGGAGAAAAUAAUGUCGUAUAUCUGUUCGAAGCAAGACAUUCUGUCCAGCAAAAUAGCAGAAUGCUGUAAACUUCCCAUCCUUGAGCUCGGCCACUGCAUAAUCCACGCGGAAAAUGGCGAGAUGCCCGAAGGGCUCUCCCUGGAGCUGGUCAGGUUCCUAGGGGACAGGGAUUUUGGCCGCUUCUCCCCGGAGGAGAAAACGAUGUUCUUGGCCAGUUUUAUUCAUGAAUAUUCACGAAGACAUACUGAGCUUGCUGUCUCAAUAAUACUAAGAGUUGCUAAUGGAUACCAUGAGCUACUGGAGAAGUGUGUCCAAUCGGAAAAUCCUCUUGCAUGCCAGGAUAAAGGGGAGCAAGAGCUGCAGAAGUACGUCCAGGAGAGCCAGGCAAUGGCGACCCGAAGCUGUGGCCUUUUCCAGAAACUCGGCGAGUAUCACCUGCAAAACGCAUUUCUUGUUGCUUACACGAAGAAAGCCCCUCAGCUGACCUCAUCUGAACUGAUGGCCUUCACCAGGAAAAUGGUGACCACAGCAGCCACAUGUUGCCAACUCAGUGGGGAGAAGCAGUUGGCUUGUGGGGAAGGAGCGGCUGACCUCAUUAUUGGGCAGUUGUGUAUCAGACAUGAAGCAAGCCCUGUGAACCCUGGAGUGGGCCGUUGCUGCAAUUCUUCCUACGCCAACAGAAGGCCAUGCCUUAGCAGUCUGCUGGUGGAUGAAACAUACAUCUCCCCACCUUUUUCUGCUGACAAAUUCAUCUUCCAUAAAGAUCUGUGCCAAGCUCAGGGUGCAGCAUUACAAGAAAUGAAACAAGAACUUCUCAUUAACCUUGUGAAGCAAAAAGUGCAGAUUACAGAGGAACAACUUGAGACCAUCAUUCCAGAUUUCUCUGGAUUUUUGGAGAAGUGCUGCCAACAUCAGGAGCAGGAAGCCUGCUUUGCUGAGGAGGGCCCAAAACUGAUUUCAAAAACUCGCACUGCUUUGGGAGUUUGAAUUACUUCAGAAGGAAGAGGAGAGAGUCUUCGCAGUUUGGCGUGAACUCUUGUUUGAUUCCCAAUGACAAUAUUUUGAAUUAAUGAAAUGAUGAAGAUUUUUAAUUGAGAUUUCCCUUAUGAUAGAAAUAAAGUAUCUCCAAAAUGUU